GCGACAAACUCGUCUACGUGCUGUUGACCGUGAAUCUCGGAGACACAAAAAUGCCGGAUCGAUCCUCCGCAGAAGCGUGUCCGACAAUCAUUGACCGCCUCAUCAAGUACAUCAUCCACAAUGACAUUCGCAACGGCAACAGCAACCUCAACCACCCCAACAACACCCAUCAACUGGCUAGGCGCUGGCGAGAUAAUGUAUUCUACGAAGAAUGGCGCUAGAUUACACCAUACGUGUGGAAUCGAUUAUGUCGGCGACGGGGUCGCUCACAACUUGACGAACACGAAGACGACGCCCCUUGACGAGUGCAUCAAGGAAUGCUCGGCGAUUAACAGGUGUAUUGGAGGAAAGAUGGAAAGUCUUUCAGGACGAUGGGCGGGUGAAGUUUCG